AUGUCAGUGAGCCAGACUGACAGAUUAUCUGCAUAUAAAUGGACGACAGCGUGGAAAUCAGAAGAAGAUAGUGCAAUGAAGCCCGAGUGCAAGGCUCCUGCUAUGGCUGAGAACAGAGACAUCAGUCCGGCGGGAGCACGGUCCUCCUGCCGGAAGGGCCGACAGACCUUCUGGAGCUCUUCUCACUUCUGCAGCCUGCUGGACGGGCUUGUGGGGCUGAGACAGUCCGGGCUGCUGUUUGAUGUGGAGCUGCUGGUGGAGGGGAGACCCAUACAAGCCCACCGCAUCCUCCUGGCAGCCUCCUGUGACUACUUCAGGGGGAUGUUUGCUGGAGGGCUUCGUGAGACACAACAAAACGAGAUACCAAUUCACGGACUAACAUACGUUGCCAUGACGAAGAUACUUGACUACAUUUACACCUCAGAAAUUGAGUUGGACCUGGAAUGUGUGCAGGAGGUUCUGGUCGCGGCCACACUCUUACAGAUGGAGAUCGUCAUUGGCUUCUGUUGUGACUUCCUUUACUCGUGGCUGGAUGAGACCAACAUUCUGGAGGUCCACCAUCUCGCUGACCUGUACGGCCUGGAGCAGCUGAAAGCGAGAGUGCACUCCUACAUCCUCAAGAACAUCCAGGGCCUGUCCCGGGCCGACGCUUUCAGACAGCUGCCCCAAGAGGAGGUUUUCCGAGCCCUCAGCAGCAACGAGCUUCAAGUGAACAGUGAGAAUGAGGUGUAUGAAGCCGCGCUGCAUUACCACUUCAGCCCAGAGCAGGUGGAGACGGACCAGGUCUAUCUCCAGGUCAGUCAACAGGACAACCUGAAAAUGCUGGAGACGGUACGCUUCUGUCUGAUUGAGAAGCACAUACUGGAGCGGCUGCACAGCAGACUCAGCCCGUGUCCUCUGAGGGAUCUGGUUUCUGAAGCUCUGAAAUAUCACGAGGUGGAGAUCCUGCAGCCCGUCCUCCAGAGCCCCCUGACUCAGCCGCGCUCUACGCUGCACUGCAUCCUGGGCUUUGGAGGCAUGUUUUGCUCCAUCCCGUACAUCGACCCGGAGCCUCUGUUCCAGCUGUACCACCCGAGCUGGGGCGAGUGGAGGACCCUCAGCGCUGCGCCCGGCCCACAGAUGUCCAAUCAGGGCAUCGCCGUGCUCAACAACUUUGUCUACCUGAUCGGAGGCGACAAGAACACCAGGAGGUUCAGGGCCGAGACUCGCUGCUGGAGAUAUGACCCUCGACACAACCGCUGGUGCACGGUGGCCCCUCUGCUGCGGCAGCACGCGGACCACUGCGUGUGUGUGGCGGGGGGUCACAUCUACGCCAUCGCAGGUCGUGACUAUAGCAACGAGCUGGACACUGUGGAGCGCUAUGACCCUCGCACAAACACAUGGGAGCACGUAGCACCUCUGAAACGAGAGGUCUACGCUCAUGCUGGGGCCACACUGGAUGGAAGAAUCUACAUCACUUGUGGUCGAAGAGGAAUGAGUUAUCUGAGAGAAACACACUGCUUUGACCCUGCAGCCAAUGAGUGGACAGACUGCGCCCAGGGGCCAGUGGAGCGGGCCUGGCAUGGCAUGGCCUCUGUGAACGGACGGAUUUAUGUCAUUGGAGGAAGUAAUGACGAGCAUGGGUAUCGCCGAGACGUUAUGAAGGUGGGAUGCUUCAGCCCAGCCUCUAACUGUUGGUGUGAGGUGAGCCCAGUGCCCGCAGGUCAUGGCGAGCCUGGGGUGGUGGUCCUGGACAAUCGUAUCUACAUCCUGGGGGGCCGCUCCCACGACCGGGGCGACCGCAUGAAGUACGUGCAUGUGUACAACACGGAGGCGGACGAGUGGGACACGGACACUGAGUUCACAGAGUGCGUGUCCGGCCUGGCUGCCUGCGUGGUCCUCAUGCCUCCCGCGGUCAUCGCUCAGACCAAGAGCUGGGAGAGCAGCAAAGCAUCAUGGGACGAUACGGUAGAAAACACAGAAGAUUCUAGUGAUGACUGA